AUGAAACCUGAACAUGUCGACGAUUCCCGUCCCACGUCGGCCUCUCCUCGCCAGAGCGGGAUGCCCCAGGAUGUACACGAAGACAUGGAUACGUCACCCGAAGCCGUGCAAACUGAUACUGUCAGGGACCUGAAGCCUUCGUCGGCUCAGGCGGUGCUUGCUGCAAAUGCGGUGACAGAUGUGGUCGACAAUAACCCGCUUACCGCGGAUGAGAUGAGAGCUGAAGCCAUUCGAUGGAUGGAAGAGAGCCGUUCGGCGAUGUGGGCGCAGAUAAUGGCGCUCAGUCGUAGGCCAUCCAACACCCUCGAGGCGAUUAAUCCCAAGACGCGGUGCCCAGCUCCUGCUCAGGAGCCAGAAGCCACGGAGGCAUCGUCCGUAGUCGACUGCAGUGACCACGGUACCAUGCCAGACCUGGUGUAG